GUAGUCGGGUCUAUCCUGUGAGCUAUUAAAUUUCUCUUCAAAUUGGGUGUUUUUAUCAAAUAAUUCAAUAAAUACAAUCGACAAAACCAUGAAUCAUAAUCACUCAAGUGCACGUCGAGGGAAACCUAAAAGGUUACUCGACCCAUCUGCUGGUUUAUCUGCUCCAAUGCCUGCUGUACCCCAAAAUCCAUAUGUGUAUAAUCAACAGGUUCCUAUAAACAAUGGUAUGGUAUCUGAAUUUGGUUUUAAUGUGCCAGAACAACCACCACCACCAUAUGGAUUUAAUACAGUGCCAAUGCAAAACUAUCCAUCUAUUGAAAACCGUGGUCAAGAAUAUUCGUCACCACAAUUUACAACACAAUUGUUAGCAGAACCAGUAGUUACAAACAUGGCUGUACAAUAUGGCAAUGCUUUGGUGGGAUAUGGGUCUCAACAAUUUGAAAAAUAUGUGCCUGUCACAGCUUUAAAGUAUUACUUUGCUGUUGAUACAAACUAUAUUCUUACAAAACUAACUUUGUUGCUGUUCCCAUUCACUCAUAAAGACUGGUCUGUUAGGUACGAGCAAGAUGUUCCAUUGCAACCACGUUUUGAAAAAAAUGCGUUGGACUUGUAUAUUCCAACUAUGGCGUUUGUGACAUAUGUAGUUAUAGGUGCUUUAAUCUUAGGAAUUCAGGAACGUUUCAGUCCACUAGGCACUUUAGCCAGUUCAGCCCUGGCAUGGAAUGUUAUAGAAGUUCUGGUGAACACUGUAACUCUUUAUAUUAUGCACAUUGAAACGAGUCUCUCAACAUUAGAUUUAUUAGCUUAUUGUGGCUAUAAGUAUGUUGGAAUAAACACAGCUCUUUCGAUUUCGUUACUAUUUCGGAAAUUUGGUUACUACAUGACUUUGCUGUACUGCAGUGGAUCUUUAGCAUUCUUUCUUAUGCGGUCAUUAAAGCUAAGAGUCAUUCCACAGAACGACAGUUCAUACACAGCAUCUGGUAACAAAAGGAGACUCUAUUUUAUAUUGUUUGUAGCAGGCAUCCAACCUGUGUUAAUGUGGUGCUUAUCGUAUCACUUGAUUUAAUUGCUAACUAUACAAAGUAAUCGGAAAUAUGGUUUAAGAU